UUUUGACAAUUUCGUUUCAUGGGCUUAGCUACUUGAGUUGUCGGGGUAUUUCAGGAUUGCAUACUACGAUUGAUAGCAACAAGUUUUAUCAAAAACUGUUUGAAUGCGCAAGAUAAGAUAUUGUUUGUCUAGUCGAACAAGGAAAAAACGAGUUGGUUAGUUGUUGACAAUCUUCGUUUCUUAGCGGACAGUAAAUUCGUCUGCACAGAAUGGAAGGACAAAAUAAGAAUUCGUCUUGUUUGGAAAACUUCAAAUUUAGCCAGUGUGAUGUAAUGAGACAUGGGAGCAGCAGGGGAAUGUUUAAAGAUAAAGCUGUCGGUACAAGUGAACUUUUACUAGACAGUUGUGACGCGGAUGUUUUUCAAAAUGAAGAGCAUUGGAAACAUUUGAUCAAUUUGCGCGACGACAAUUUAGUUCAAUACCACCAGUGUAGCAUCAAAGGAGAAGCCAGACUCCUUGUCAUGGACUUGUGUGAGGGAUCGAUGCUGGACUAUUGCCGGAAAAAUUUAGACGAUAAUGUGACACUAUUUGUUAAAGGCAUUGACAUUAUCUGGCAAAUAACAUGUGGCAUGGAUUACCUCAAUCGUCAUAAAAUCCACCAUGGAAACCUAAUGCUGGAAAAUGUGCUGUUCUGGAAAAGAAAUUCAAGUUCGAAAAGAAUUGUCGUAAAACUAGCGGGCUACGGAUACAAGCUAUUUCAAAAUCAGAAUAAUAUCAAGGACGAUCUCUACCAGCUGGGUUGUUUGUACUAUUCUGCUGCUACCAAGGACGAAGCCAAACCAAAUGAAUUGAUCUCUCUGGAGAGUUUGACCGAAAUUGAAAUGAACCACAGAUCUCUCGCCUUAGAUUUGAUACACCUUCUUAUUAAAGGCGAAGAUGGAUUGAAACUGGAAAUCGCCACUCUCCUGCGACACCCAUUGUUUAUCCGUUCCAGCGAGGAUGGUAAAGCGAGAUUGAUCAAGGAGUUGACGGAUGGGGAAAUGUGUCACGACUGGAACAGCAAGAAAAAGCUUCAAAAAUGGAGGGCGUCUAAGAUAAAGGGGAAAAAGCUGCAACGUGGAGAUUUUGACGAUUUAGCAGACAUUCUUCUUUCAGAAACAAAGGAUAUCAGCCAACUAGUCGCUGAAGCUUUGAGAACGACUCCUCAAUUAUUCGCGGAAUACAUUUGGUACAUGACCACUGACUUUGCCGUACCAAAUGAAACUAAUCAAGUUCGAUCCAUUGAGAUUUUGGAAUUAUUGGGGAAAGGCAAUUACGGAAAAGUCUUCAAAUGUAAUUACACCGAAGGAGAUGGAAAACGAUAUCCGGCUGCAUGCAAAAGGUGCAAUACCAAAAGGGAACGCAACGAUAUUUUUAACCGAGAAAUCCAAACAAUUAGUCAACUGAAUCAUUUGUUCGUCAUCAAGUAUUUGGAUGUGGUCGAAAAUUCUUCCAAAAAGUAUAUCGUGAUGGAGUUGUGUGAUGGAUCUCUAAAGGAUUACGUCGACGGAAUGCUGGAGGGAAUCCCCAAAGACUCUUUAGACGAAAAAAUCCUUGCGAGUCAAAUAACUCUCGGCGUGGCCUACAUCCAUCACAAAGGGAUCAUUCACAAAGAUUUGAAACUCGAAAAUAUUCUACUAAAACGCCAAUCGCCCCGUCUAGUUUUAGCCAAAAUUGCUGAUUUUGGAUUCGCCAAGGAACUGAAACCAGGCAAAGCCGAAUUCAGUGAGACUUCGCACCCCGGAACAGAAAAUUAUAUGGCGCCUGAACUUCUCACUGCUUCUAAAGGCUCCUACCCAGCCUCAUUUGCUAGCGAUGUUUAUGCACUGGGAAUAACAAUUGCGCGGAUAGUCAAGAAAGGGGAUCACCCUUUCGGUUUGUACAAGCUUUUGAGGACGGCUUCUAUGGUCAAAGGACUAGUUCCUCCAGAGCUUCAAGGAUUCAGCUGGGAUCUGAUCGAUUUGAUCGUCAAGUUAACGGACAAAGAUCCUGGAAAACGUCCUGAGAUGACACUCGUAUUGUGUCAUCCUUAUUUUGUCUUGACGAACGACAGGACUAAAAGGUACUUUGCCGAUAAACUUUGUAACGUUUUUGCGUUACUUUCAAAUGAGGAUCGAGCAAAGCAGAUGAAAAAAAUCUUUAACGACCACAAUUUCCGAGAAUGGUACAAUAAUACGCUUUCUGGAAACGAGCCAGAAACGGCCGAGGAAAUCGAAGAAAAUGCGAAAAGCCUAUCGCGGUUUAGAGAUUGUAAAAAUGACAUUCGAACCGAUACUCUUUAUCCAGCGAAAGAAUACGCCGAAAAAAUCAAGGAAGCUAUCUCAUCCGAUUACGAUGAUGAUAUUGAAAGUCAAAUCCACCAGAUGAGUUCGAAUGAAAACCUUUCCCGGUAUCGUUUGUACAAGUUAGUUCAUCAGGCGCCAAAGCUUCUUGUACCGUAUUUCUGGUCCCACUUGCUAGAAUUAGUUCAUACCACAAACUUGUUGCGGACAUCAGUCGUCAAGGAGCAUAAAAACGUACAACAGAAACAGACAGCGGCUGUCCGAACAAGACGUCAAUCGAGUAAAACAAAACCAUUCACGAAAAAUACGAUGAUUUCUGAAAUGGAAUGGAGUAGCUUGUACUUCGAAGAAAACGAGCUCAUCGAUGAACUAUGGAAUGGCAGGUAUUCGAGCAAAUUCCAGAACUUUUCAGAAAUGCCCAACGAAAUUAUUGGCAUAGUAGCCAAAUGUAACGUUACAGCCAAGGUAUGGGUAAAAUUACUGAAUAGAUUCGGAAGAGCACACGCCGGUGUUCUACUCUACAAGAUAGUUCAAAGCAACGCUUACAAUGGCCCUGAAGUAACUAAACUAAUUCUGCAACGAUAUGGAACUACUGAGGAUAAAGAGGUGCUGGCUUGGGCGGCUUCCAAUGAAGGAACCACUGCAGCUGGGAUUACACGGGUACUUUUAGAUCAUGGAAGUGACCCGAACGCUCCCGCUUCAACUGGAUUGACUCCUAUUCACUACGCAGCCAGAAAUGAAUCUAAUUUAGGACCAGAAAUCAUGAAACUUCUUCUCAAACGAGGGGGAAAUCCAAACGUCCGUUCAACUAGUGACAGUUCCAUGCCCGUUCACUGGGCAGCAGCUAAUCAAGGAGAAUAUGCAGUUGAGAUUUUGAAGCACUUACUUGACUUUGGAGGCGAUUAUGACGCGGAAGACGGAAAUAAUUUAAAACCAAUCCAGAUAGCGACGAUGAACAGUAGUAACUCUGCACCGGAAUUAUUAGAGUUACUCCUCAACAAAACAGGUCCCGACGUCAUCUGUGAACAAACAGGAAUGUCAUUAGUUCACUUUGCUACAUUCAACGACGGAGAAUGUGUACAAAAUAUCCUAGAAAAAUUAUUUAAAAACGGAGGGAAAGCUAAUGUUGGUGAUAUUUUGAACCAAACGCCACUCCACUAUUUUGCUAUCAACACUACUUCCAACCAGGAAACUACGAUUCUGGAGAUUCUGGUAAGAAAUGGUGGCAAUCCGAAUGCCAUUGACGAAAUGGGAAAGACGCCCGUUCACCACGCAGCUGCCAAUGACGCAGAAAAUGCCCUUGAAACAUUGAAGUUUUUACUUAGCAACGGAGGAAGUGUUAAGGUCAAAGACAAAAACGGAUUUACUCCUAUUCAUUGUGCACUGCUGAAUACAGGGAUUCAUGGAAGCAAGAUGAGAGAACUAGUUGAUGUUAAAGAAGUAAACAUAAACACUCCUCUUGACAAAAGCGGAAACACUCUUCUUCAUCACAUUUUAAGUAGGGGAAAACCUCAAACUGAUCAUGUUCAACUUAUACUGGAGUACGGAGGGAAUCCUAACAUUCAAAACAAACUCGGACGCUCACCUGUUCAUUUGACCGUGAUUAACCCAUCUAGCGACAAUACAACCGUUUUGCAACUGUUACUUCUUAAAGGGGGAAAUCCUAAUCUUCUCGACAAAGAACUCCGAUGUUCGCCUGUUCACUGCGUGGCCACCAGUCUUAGUGAUACAGCAACAGAAGAAAUGAAGAUCCUUUUAAACAACAGAGGAGAUCCAAAUGUAACUAAUAAAGACAAACUUACUCCAUUACAUCUGGCCGCCAAGAAUAAAGGAUGUCACGGACCUAAUCUGACGAAAAUUCUUCUCGAACAUGGAGGGAAUCCUCACGUAGUUGACGCAUUCAAACAGACUCCUCUAGAGUUGGCCAUCAGAAAUUCCAAUGACAAAUUAAGAUUAGAAAUUAUUUCGCAAUUGUUGAAAAACGGUGGAAAUCCGAACGCUGUUAACAGCGAAGGUUGGACACCAGUUCAUUAUGCCGUUUACGACAAAAGAAACAAUUCGCUGAAAGUGUUGAAGCUUUUGUUACAAUAUGGUGGAAAUAUUAAUAAAUGUGGUAACAAAGGAAUAACGCCAUUCGCCCUUGCUACACGGUUCGGAAGUAAAGAAUAUUGUCUGCCCGAAGUAAAAGCCCACCUUUUAAAAAUAUUUCGCCAAACGAGGAGCCCGGAAAUGAAUGCAAUCGAAGAAAACAUUCAUCAUAAAUUCUUUCAAAUAAUUGAUUUGCUCAAGCAAGUUCCAGUUGGACUGUUUGUAGCGAUAGUUAUAAUUCUGCUUCUUUACAUGUUUUUGUUCUUGUAUCCUAUUUUUUUCAAGUAAAAUAAGAAAAGUGGUGCAAUCAACAGCUGCACAUUUGGCACUACCAAAUACAACUGUGAAAUUUACAAGUUUGAUUAUUCACUGUUCUUUUAAUUAAUUU